GCGAAUUCCUGAGUUGUUAAUCCAACUUACUUGUCAGCGCUGAUCUUGAAAAUUCCCGGACUUUGCUGUCUUCGGAGAGACAUUGCUUCUUUGGAAACCAAGCCUAAAGAUACUGAAAGACAUCAGAACCGGUUUACGUCAUUAUCUUUGGCCGAUAGCAAGAGAAUAUAAACUUUUGCAAGAAGUUAACCUUCAAAAUAUGGCUCAAACGGUGAAACUGGCCCUCCUCUCCUUAGCAGGAAUUCUGGGAUGGCAUGGAGCAUUUCUGGUGUUGCUGAUUGUAUCCUUUAAGUUGUUUUUGGAGCAAAAUUUUCACGGGCAAGAAGGUUACACCUGCCCUUGCACAUGGCCGACUGGUUAUGGUACCAUCAUGUUUCUGUUCCCGUCACUAAGCACCUUUCUGGUCGCAUUUUUCACAUACUUCCGUCGAGAUAACGAUAGCGUUCCAUGGAAAGCUGUGAAGAAACUUUACGAGCUCAAAUGUGCUUGUAAUUUUUAUGAUGGGCGUACCGACUGGGAUUCUCACGCCGAACACUGUAUUCGUUGCAUGGUUCGCUGGCGAGACUGGAACCUGGUAAAGGUCGCCUUGUCAGCAAUUUUCUCCCUUCUGUAUCCCUUAAUGUGGCUGUCACUUAGUUUUCUCCAGACGUUUUACUACGUUUGCGCUCACGUUGGUCCAGAUUAUGAUACACUCACCGGCUACUGCGAUAUUACGGACAUCCCCGACAAUUAUCAAAAGAAUACUGUUCUGGCAGCGAUUCGCUCAAAGGUUAUUGGGGGCGUUUUGUUUGUAAGCGCUCUGCUCCUUCUGGGUGUCUUCGUGAUCGUUUAUGGUGAAAUUAAAACCUAUUUGAAGAAGAAAGAUGAUUCGUCAAGGUGCGGACCCAACGGGAGAGCUGAUAAUCUGCAAGUUCACGUCUCCGUUCUACCAAGCCGUUCAUCCGGGACAUCAGAUAGUGCUGGACUCCAUGGCAACAGAGAAUCUCCUUUUGCAGCAGUUGAAAGUGGAGGCCAGGUAACCAAUCAGAAUCAGCCACAACUGCAUGACGGGAACAAGACGAUUCGUAUCAAUUUGAGUGACGAGUUUACCACUGCCUUGCAAGGCUGUCUUCAGGAGAGCAAGUGGCAAGGAAUUGAUAUCCGCUGUUCACAGAAAGAAGAGGGCACGAGCGGACAGGGAUCAAAUAUUCAAUUUCCUGAGCGAUCGUUGCACCAGCGAAUAAGUUCCGCUGACCGUACCUUGGAAAACCCGUCGUCAACUCCACCUUAAGUUGUAUAACACAAAGAACAGUGCAUAGCUUGCCAUCCGUAACUAAAAAAAAAGCCUGAAGAAGUUUAAUUUCGAAAUUAAAAAUACUUUAGGAUUUUUGACGCCAGUUAUGCAUGCAGUAUUGUCUAAAUAAGAGAAAGAUACAUAAGACAAAGUUAAUUUUUUUUAGAGUAAGAUUAGGUAAGCAGUAAUUAAGA